CUAUGGCCGGAUCCGUUAGAUUACGGCACGAUCCAGUACAAAGGGAAUCAAUCAGUCAAGGGCCCUACGGGUUACGGCAACGCCAUCGCGAAUGAGGAUCAAGGGAAGGGAAGGCUGUACAGGGAUAGAAAAUAAAUAGAAGAAGAAAAAAAAGAGAGAGAGAGAGAGAAAAGGACAGAACUAAGAUUGAAAUGGCUACUGCGCACACACCCCACGCGAAGCUUCGAGGCGCGUCUUUCUCGAUAACCAAACAUCUUACCGCUUACGUUCGUCCAGGACCGCGCGCAACAGAGAAAAAAGUCUACGGUACUUGGUACCAGCCUAGCUACAAUCCAACAAAGUGACACAAAAAAAAUCAAAUCAAUCGGCCAAACACUGAACCUACACUACACUACACCUACCUUCCCCUACCUAGACCCCCGACUCCAUUUUCGCGCCUUGUUUCCCGCAAAAAAGAAAGGCUCCAGCAGCACCCACCUGAUUUUUUUUUUCUUUGUCAGUAUUUCCAAGGUCGAGCAGCAGUUUUACUGCUAUUUCUGUCAAAUUCCGACCCACCAAAAAAUCAAUGGGGACUGGAGCUCCAGGAUCUCAACCUGGAUCUCGUUCAAUUGUGUCAAAACGCCAUUUUAAAACUUGAGGAUUCCACUCGCCGGCGGGGUUUUCCCGAUGCCUACCCACGGCCUUACGCUGCCCACGCCUCUGAAGUCGCCGGCCACUGCAACCCCGACAUACGAGCGCGAUCCCAUAGAGGCUCUUAGGGAGAGUCUCCAAUCCGAUGACGAUGCGACCUCUCCGAACCACGACGCCGAUGGCGAAGCCGAUGAUGACAACCUUACCGGUGCCACAAGAGGCGCGUCUGACGCGGUAGUAAACCAUCAUCAUAAUAACAACAACUCCACCUCCACCUCCACAAACAAUAAUACUGUCGCAACUGAUGCCACGAGCGAUUCGUCAUCCGCAGCCGCGGUCAUAGCAGCCGCAUCGGCCGCGGCGCAUGCGCAGCUCCAACAGUCGCAGCAGCAAGCACAACAGCAUCAGCAAACACAACAUCACAACGGCAACAACGCGGCUGCACCCAACUCAGCAUCAAAAUCACGCUUCAGGUAUGAGGCCGAGAGGGUGUUGCUGUCGGGUCCUGACGACCUCGACCUGUGGCUGGCGCAAACCGAGGCCAUCGCAACGGCCACCAACUGCUUCUCCGAGCUCACGCAACAAUUCAACGUGGCGACGUUCCCACCAGACGGCACCGUCAUGGCCCUUAUCUGCAGCGCGAGGUUCACGACCGCAUGGCGCAUCCUCGAAGAUACCAUCUCGGGACCCGUGUGGGCAAUGAUGCGCGUGUUCCAAUUGCAGGCGCACUACAAGUCACAUAUGCUGCCUAACCAGAUUUACGAGUUUGCGCGCUGGGUCGCUUCCCGGAUGCCGACCGUAGGCACCAACGAGCAGCCUCAGGAGGAGCGCAUGGCCAUGGUUACCGAGUAUAAUAUUGCCGAUCCGGCCUACUAUCCCAACCAGAGAUGCUACGAGGAUGGUAUUCAAUUCCUGCAACAGAAGCUGCACGAGCUCAUGAGGCUAGGGGAUUGGCGUGUCGCGGCCGCCAUGUAUGACGAGAUUCCAGAUUGGUGUCCAAAGCCUCCCCCGGGAAUGACAGAUGAAGACCACCAACACCAACCACAGCCCGAACAUCAACCAGAUCAGCAGGCGGCUGAUCAUCAACAGUCCAACGGGAAGGCUGAUUACUCGUCACCAUACCCACCGUUGCCUUCGGGGCAGCAAGACGGUCACGACUCGCCACAAGCCGUCACUGGCGGCUAUCCUGCGCCGCCCAUCGAGACAACCAGUACGGCGGCUAUUAAGGGGGAGCCAACUGCGGUCGUUAGAGACGAUCAGCCUCCGCCGAACAAGCGGAGACGCGGAAGACCUAGCAAAUACGCCUGAGCAUCAAGGGAGCCCGUAUCAUUCUCCGCUCUACAUUCCACCCCUUGUAUUCGUCUUCUUGACUUAUCGCCACCGUCAUGUGAUCUCUUUACAGGAUUACGGAGCGGCGUGGGUCCUUUUUCUCUCUAUCUUUUUAUCCUGUCAUGUUUACCAAACUCGCUAUAAUUGUUUUUUUUUUGUUUUCUUCGACGGGGUUAGUUGUCGCCAUACUUAGUGUUUAUACCUUGGAAUGUGUUUGUGUUUUUGGCGUUUACUUUGUGCUGGGAAUUGCGCGUUCAAAUGGGGGCACAAAAAAUCAAAGGAGCGGACGGGUAAAUUUUGCUAGGGAUAAUCCAAGGGCGGUUUGAGUUUGUCAGAGUGGUCUUGACACGCCUGUUUGGCUCAAACACGUUGCUUUCAUCCAUUCGUUAUCUUUUGUUUCUGAACCUGCUGGCAUGUCCCUCUUGUUGCUGCGUGUGCGCUCGUCUACUUGAAGUCUAUGAGCUUUGGAGCACCAGGGGUGCUGUAACUCGGACGUGGAAUGAAAUGCUUGUCGAGCUUCGAAAACUGGACUAGCGUCGUAAUGGGACAGUAUUAACACAGAGCU